AUGAACCAGAAUAAAUUAUUAUUAUUAUUAAUUGUCUUGCUAUCUAUAAGCUAUUCAUUAGCAGUUGUCGUUCCUAUACCAGGUGAAAAUAUUCCAAACGGUGUUAAUUCUAAUAAUAAAAAUAAAAAAGAUCUUAAAAGUGCAGCAGAAGACUUAAAUUAUGCAAAUAUAUUUAGAGAUAGACAAGGUACAAUAGUAAAAGGAGAAUCUGUUAGAAUUGAUAUGCAAGGUUCCUACACUCGAGAUGGUCAAAGAUGGUUCAACUUACAAGCCCAAUUAAAUGGUAUCAAAGGAAAAUCAACAAUUGCACAUGUUAAUGUUGCUCAAAAUGCAAUGAGUAAUAAUCUUGCUGAACAAGCCCACGUUACUAAUGUCGUUAUUGCUGCUAUGUUGAAUUCAUAUAUCAUUGGGAAAACCUACCAUGUUUUAGAUAAUGGUCUUUGA